ACAAUAAAAAAAAAAAGAAAAUAAAAAUAAUUUAAAGAAAUAGAAAUUUAAGCUUGAUAGUCUAAGUUUGAAGCUUAGGUGGUAAGUAUCCGAGUUCAUCAAUCAAGUACUGAAUAUCUCAAAUCUUAAUAGUAUCAUGUUCUCCCAAAUAUUCAAUCUUUUGCUUCUUCUUCAUCUUCUUGGAUUGUACGGUCAUGUGGGUGGAGACCUCCGACUCCAAUGCCCUCUUCUCUGUCGCCGAUCGACUUGAAAAGCUUUAUGGUGGGAAGGCCUAUGUUGGCCUUCGGAUACCCGACGCUGACACCGGCACUCGACAGAACAUCGAUCUGGUUCUCCUCACCAAAGGCAAAAGCAAAAUUAAUGAUUCAAAUGGGGAAAUAAAUGAUGUGGAGGAGACUAGAAAACAAGCUUCAAUUCUUGAAUCAUAUCUUGAACAAAGAGGAGUUGCUUUGCCUGAAGGAUACUUGUCUUGCAAAGUUAUACUUCCCAAUCCGAAAUGUUGUACCAUUCAGCCAGGCUCUUUUCCACCAGAAGUCAUUCCCUAUGACCAGUGGACUCAACAGAAACCAGAAACAAAACCUAUGUUUUCUGGUUGGCUUAAGGGUGCAUUUGGAGGUGGAAAGAAAGAGAUGCAAGAAUCUAUACAGCAGAACCUCAAUUUUAUUCUCAGUACUGCUCCAAUUUGGGAUAGGUUGGAGCUCAAAGGCAAUAAAUAUGUACUUGGAGAAUUUCUGGAGUUCAAGGGAAAGCCAGAAGAUCUCCAUGCCUUGAGAAAUAUCAAAAGAUCGAAAGUCAGUCGUCUGAUUAUCCAGAAGACAAGCAUGCUUGGAUUAGCGCAUUCGACGCUCCAAGUUUUGUACUCGCCUAGGGAUUAUCGAAGCGAAGGAGCUUCAGCUUCGGAGUGGAAGGAGGUAUGCGUGAGGUCGAGUACAGAGGUUGUCUUCCAGCCUCAGAACUCUACAAAAGUCCGCAAGUUCAAACUCUCUUCAGUGACUUCAACCUCGCUCAGUGCCUGAACCUUAAGUAAUAAUGGCUAUGUUGAAUAAGUAAGUACUCCGUUCCCUCAUCUAUACCCAAAAAUGUCAGACUAUUUGUACAUAUGGAUAUGACAAAUUAAUUUCAUAUUAGAGGCAGAGAGAUCUCAAAAUAUGAAGAUAACAACCAUGCAUAUUAUAGUAAUGA